AUGGCCUUCCAGCAUCUGGAGGGAUCAUUGCUGCGAUCCUUGGCGCCAGCUUCAGACCAUGGGACGAAGAGGGCGGCGCAGACAGCGUCAGAUCCCCUCGGCAGUCUGCGAGCGAGGAUGCCCUUGAUGUGCCGAACACGCUUGCUGGGGUGCUGGGGUGCGAGCGUAGAGGAAUGGUGUCACAGGCCGGGAGGCGUGUGCGCGGUGCACGGCAGCUCGCAGCGAAGUGAUCUUACCCACUGCAAGGUGUCCAAAACUCCAGUGCUAGCCUCAUCAGGCGUCAGAUCGGUGCUCAUGGAAAUGAAGUGCAGUCACACAUCCCAAAUCGAUAGGUCUGCACUCCUCAAGACCAUGCUGAGGCCUACACUGGGUGGAGUUACAAGCCGUCGCCAGCUGCCCUGGGAUGAGGGCGAGCUGAUUCGAGGUGCACGACACGGCAUUGGGAAAGAGCACAACCUCUGCUCCAUCUAUGGGUCUCUGUGGUGA